GCAUGCCGAGGGGCUCCGGGGCGUAGCUGCGCGCCCGGCGCCGCCUCCGGGCUCCUCCGGCCCCGCCAUGGGCUGCUGCAGCUCCGCCUCCUCCGCCGCGCAGAGCUCUAAACGAGAAUGGAAGCCACUGGAGGACCGUAGCUGUACAGACAUACCCUGGCUGCUGCUUUUUAUUCUCUUCUGCAUUGGAAUGGGAUUUAUUUGUGGCUUUUCAGUAGCAACAGGUGCAGCAGCGAGACUAGUGUCAGGAUACGACAGCUAUGGAAAUAUCUGUGGGCAGAAAAAUGCAAAGUUGGAAGCAAUACCAAACAGUGGCAUGGACCACACCCACCGGAAGUAUGUGUUCUUUUUGGAUCCAUGCAAUCUGGACUUGAUAAACCGGAAGAUCAAGUCCGUAGCACUGUGUGUAACAGCGUGUCCACGACAAGAACUGAAAACCCUGAGUGAUGUUCAGAAGUUUGCAGAGAUAAAUGGCUCAGCACUGUGUAGCUACAACCUAAAGCCUUCUGAAUAUACUACAUCUUCAAAAGCUUCUGUUCUUUGCCCCAAACUACCAGUUCCAGCGAGUGCACCUAUUCCAUUCUUCCAUCGCUGUGCUCCUGUGAACAUUUCCUGCUAUGCCAAGUUUGCAGAGGCCCUGAUCACCUUUGUCAGUGACAAUAGUGUCUUACACAGGCUGAUUAGUGGAGUAAUGACCAGCAAAGAAAUUAUAUUGGGACUUUGCUUGUUAUCACUAGUUCUCUCCAUGAUUUUGAUGGUGAUAAUCAGGUAUAUAUCAAGAGUACUUGUGUGGAUCUUAACAAUUUUGGUCAUACUGGGUUCACUUGGUGGCACAGGUGUACUAUGGUGGCUGUAUGCAAAGCAAAGAAAGUCUCCCAAAGAAACAGUUAUUCCUGAACAGCUUCAGAUAGCUGAAGACAAUCUUCGGGCUCUCCUCAUCUAUGCCAUUUCAGCCACAGUGUUCACAGUUCUCUUGUUCCUGAUAAUGCUGGUUAUGCGCAAACGUGUCGCACUCACCAUCGCCUUGUUCCACGUGGCUGGCAAGGUCUUCAUUCACUUGCCGCUACUAGUCUUCCAACCCUUUUGGACUUUCUUUGCUCUUGUCUUAUUUUGGGCAUACUGGAUCAUGACACUUCUUUUUCUUGGCACCGCUGGCAGCGCUGUUCAGAAUGACCAAGGCUUUGUGGAGUUCAGAGUUUCUGGGCCUCUGCAGUAUAUGUGGUGGUACCAUGUGGUGGGCCUGAUUUGGAUCAGUGAAUUUAUUCUAGCAUGUCAGCAGAUGACUGUGGCAGGAGCUGUGGUAACCUACUAUUUUACCAGGGAUAAAAGGAAUCUGCCAUUUACACCUAUUUUAGCAUCAGUGAAUCGCCUUAUUCGUUAUCACCUUGGUACUGUGGCAAAAGGAUCUUUCAUUAUCACAUUAGUCAAAAUUCCACGAAUGAUCCUUAUGUACAUUCACAGUCAGCUCAAAGGAAAGGAGAAUGCUUGUGCUCGAUGUGUGCUGAAAUCUUGCAUUUGUUGCCUUUGGUGUCUUGAAAAGUGCCUAAAUUAUUUAAAUCAGAAUGCAUACACAGCCACAGCUAUCAACAGCACCAACUUCUGCACCUCCGCCAAGGACGCCUUUGUCAUUCUUGUGGAGAAUGCUUUACGAGUGGCUGCGAUCAACACGGUGGGGGAUUUCAUGUUAUUCCUAGGCAAGGUGCUGAUAGUCUGCAGCACGGGUUUGGCUGGGAUUAUGCUGCUCAACUACCAGCAAGAUUACACAGUAUGGGUGCUGCCUCUGAUCAUCGUCUGCCUCUUUGCUUUCCUAGUCGCUCAUUGCUUCCUGUCCAUUUACGAAAUGGUAGUGGAUGUAUUAUUCUUGUGUUUUGCCAUUGAUACAAAAUACAAUGAUGGGAGCCCUGGCAGAGAAUUCUAUAUGGAUAAAGUGCUGAUGGAGUUUGUGGAAAACAGUAGAAAAGCAAUGAAAGAAGCUGGUAAGGGAGGCGUUGCCGAUGCCAGAGAGCUAAAGCCGAUGGCUUCGGGAGCAAGUUCUGCUUGAACCUAGCCGACCGUAUGGAACCCAUUGACAUUCCAAAACAAUAUAUACACAUAACUAUGUAUUUGUGUGUGUGGGUGUGUGUAUAUAUGUAUAUGUAUGUGUGUAUAUAUAUGUAUAUGUAUAUACACACACACACAUAAUCAGCCAAAAUCAGAGAAAAGGAACAGGGAUUUAAUACCUUUUUUAUGCUUAUUUUUGUCAAACAUGUACUCCUUUCAUACGGGUGGCUUUUACAAGGCAACUGCCGUCAUUUAAUGUUUUCAAUUGUAAUUGUCUUAAUGGAAAUGUUAAGAUUCAUAUCUGAUUAACAUUUUUAAUAACUUAGAGGAGAUUUUAACUUUAGUUAUUUAAAUGAGAUAAAAUUAUUGUACCGAAUUCUCUGUCUGAAGUUUAUUCAGGGGUGAUUUCCCUGAUGUGUGCAUAAAAUCAAGAUUCUUAUUUUACUGAUGCAUAAGUCCUAGUGGGACGAGACUAGGCAUAUGCUUUCAGAUAAAUAAGGAGUUACUCCAAUCAGUUUUCCCCAAUCAAAGAAGCCAUGUCAUUUUACUUUUAGAAACAUACAAGUGGACUCAAUAUGGGAAUUUUCAUAAUCGCUCAUGCAUUUGUCAGCCAACAUUAAAAAGUAACCAACUCCUCAGGUAUUUGUAGUUUACCCUAAGCUUCUAUAAGAGAGUAGGUUAAAAAGAAAAGGGUAGAUAAUCUUUCUUAUGCAAACUUUGUUCUUAUAGUUUGUCUUUUCUUUCAUUUUUUACUUUAGUAGCAUCCUCCACACAUUUGUGUGCCUGAUUUGAAGGGAAGCUGGGGCACCCAGCGAGUUUAGCCAUUAAGUUUCUGUGUAUUGAUUUGCAGAUUAAGUAAUGCUGGGAGGAAUAAAGAAGGAAGGGAAACUUGGAACACAAAAGCCUUGCAGAUUCCAGUGCUUGGGCUUCUGCUUCUAAGGAACUUCAGUGGCUUAGGGCUAAAUGGCCAUUUUAUUCAAAUGCUAUGAAAUCUGAAAACAUACUGGCAGGUGCUCCUCUCCUUGGCAAUUCAUUCAGUAUCCAGAUUCUACAAUGUUUAACUGAAGAAUUGGUUAUGUUUUGAUCCUAAGAGUCAAACAUUCUUUUUGUUUGGGGAUGGGUUUGGGGUUUUUUUGUUUCUUUGUUGUUUUUCUUUUUUUUUAAUUCCUAAAGCUUACCAGAUAUGAAUGGCUAAUAUUCCAUUGUUCUGCUUAUUGUAAUGGUGAAUGCUUUAAGAAAAAAAAAAAGUGUAAUUUGCUAAGAAUAAUUCAUGAUCUGUUUAUGCGAUAACUCCUUUUUGUUACAAUUUUUUUAAAAAAGGCUAUUUUUGUUAAUGUAAAGUAAAUAUUUCAGAGCAAAUUUUUUAAACUUAUUGCACUAAAUACAGGCUCUGUACAAAAAAAAAAAAAGCCUCAGCAUUUUAUCAUUCCAUGGAAGAAGAAUCUUUUGAAAGAAAGCAUUGCCUCCUACCAGAAUUAGACAGUGAAUUAGACCGGUAUGAUGGAAAUGCAUACAAUUAAUGUCACUAGGGCUUAAUAAGCAGCUGUUUGCUAAUGUGCUUCCUUUCAAAGGGUUAGACCUUUAAAUUGCUGCAAAAGGUAAAUUGUAUUUUUUUUUUUAAGUAUCCGUGUUCUUUACUCUAGCUAGGCUAAAAUUUGCUAAAUGCCUUGGUUUCUUUUCAAAGCUCAUGUAAUAUUUCUGAUUUUUCAGAAUAUUUGCAAUAAGAGUCUGGAUUUAAAAAAAAACAAACAAACAAAAAACCACACACACACACAGUUAAGAGCUCAUAUCUUGGCAAGACCUGGGAAACCAACAUUGUGAGACUAGCUAUUUUGAAACAAUAAUUCUCCAGAAGUUAACAUCUAACAUCGCCAAAUGGUAUCAUUGUACUCUUUUUUAUCAUUUGAAAUGGAAUAAAUAUAAUUAUGUAACUAACAAUUUUCCAAAUAGAUGAGAGAGCAAAUCAUGUAAGGAAAUUCAGAAUACCUUCUGUUUCAUAGCCACACAGAUUUUGGACAUUAAGAAACAUUGGGAACUAAAUUUAGGAUUGGAAAAAGUUUGGAAGAUGAGUAUCAAAACAGAAGACAUUCUAGGAGCUAGCUAUUCUAGGAGAUGUCCCUCCAAAGUGACCUGAUGGAAGUCUUGAAUUUGGAAAUUAGGUUCUACUCACUUGGACAUCCCAGCAUCAUGGACUCUUGCUGCUCCCUGUUCCAUUUGCUCGCAAUCUCAGCUAUUUGGAAGCCACCAGGAAUGCUUUCUAAUUAUCAUUUGCAACUAGAACUGUAAUCAGAAAGAAAUUUUGUAUUUUUGUAUAACUUGAUUGUGUGCCAUUUUAUAUAACAGGUCCUGUUUUACAAAUAAAUUUUGUUUUACUAACAUUGUGUUUAGAAAUUAUGAUCUAUGUGUAACCAUGUCAUUUGAGUUCCAAAUUAAUUGCCAGGCUGUUUUCCCUGAGUGAAUCUGUGUGCUGUCUAAGUAGAUAUAUGCAUAGGUGCAUAUAUAUUACCACAGGCACACACAGAGAGAUGUUUAAUAUAUAGAAUAUCACUCUCAUAUGAGCUUCAUUCCUUGAUACAUUUUAUAAAGCCUCACAGAGGCUUUUUAGCAAUAUUUAAAUGUUUUGAGGUUAUGUUUGGAUAUUCCUGCUGCCUCUUUCAUUCAUUGUGAGUCAUUCUUCAGCUAGCUAUGGGCCGCCUUAUUGCUACUCGCUCACUGCCUCCAUCUUCUGCCCAAGUGAGAAGAAUAGAUGAAGAACAAAAAUUAUCUGUGAUACGUGGUUACCUGAAUAAUUUUAUAAGCCAUCGA